UGUCCCCAGGAGCGGCUCCAUGGCGGUGGCCACGGCGCUGGGUUCCCUGGGCGCGGUGGCCCUGGGCACUUUCGUGGUGGCCCUGCUGCUGCAGUGGCUCUGGAAUGCUCUGCUGGCUGUCACCCGGUUCCGGGCCACUUGUCGCCAGCUGAACAAGUUCCCCAUCCCGCCCUGGCGCAGUUGGGUGCUGGGACACACCGGCAUGGGCCAGAGCACGGAGGAAGGUUUACAGCAGGUGGAUUCCUUGGUGGCCCGGUACCGCCAUGGCUGCCUCUGGUGGGGACUUCCCUGGCUGCCUGUCCUGCGCCUCUUCCACCCCAGCACCCUCCGGCCACUCCUCAGUGCCUCAGCUUUCGUGGCCCCCAAGGACAAAAUUUUCUACGGUUUCCUCAAGCCCUGGCUGGGGGAGGGGCUGCUGCUGAGCGGCGGGGAGCGCUGGGCGCGGCACCGGCGGCUCCUGACUCCCGCCUUCCACGGGGAUGUGCUGCGGAAUUACCUGGGAAUCUUCAACCGGAGCACCCGCGUGCUGCUCGCCAAGUGGGGGGCAGCAGCAGCAGCAGCAGCGGCAGCUGGUGGGGGGCCGGUGGAGUUGGAGGUGCUGCAGCCCCUGAGCCUCCUCACCCUGGACACGCUCCAGAAGUGCAUCUUCAGCCAUGAGAGCCACUGCCAGGAGCGGCCCAGCGAGUACAUCCAGGCCAUCCUGGAGCUGAGCUCGUUGGUGGUCCGGCGCCAGUUCCGGCCACUUCUCCACCCGUGGUGGCUCUACAGGCUCUCCUCUGAUGGUCGGCGCUUCGCCCGUGCCUGUGCCACCGUCCACAACUUCACUGCUGAUGUGGUGCAGCGCCGGCGCCGCGCACUCACCUGCCUGGGCCACCAGGCCCGGCUGGAUGGCCACCAGGGACACAGAAUGGACUUCAUCGACCUCCUGCUGCUCAGCAAGGAUGAGAAUGGCCACACUCUGUCGGAUGAGGACAUCGCGGCUGAGGCUGAAACCUUCAUGUUUGAGGGCCACGACACCACGGCCAGUGGCCUGGCAUGGCUCUUCUACAACCUGGCCGGCCACCCUGAGCACCAGGAGCGAUGCCGCCAGGAGGUCCAGGAGCUCCUGGCUGGCCGGGACACUGCGGACAUCGAAUGGGAGGACCUGUCCCAGCUGCCCUUCACCACCAUGUGCAUCAAGGAGAGCUUGCGGCUGCACCCUCCUGUCACUGCUGUGUCCCGGCGCUGCACCGAGGACAUCCCCCUGCGUGAUGGCCGUGUCAUCCCCAAGGGGGUCAUCUGCCUGAUGAGCAUCUAUGGGACCCACCACAACCCAGACCUCUGGCCCGAGCCUGAGGUGUUCAACCCUCUGAGGUUCAGCCCGGAGAACAGCAAGGGACGGUCCCCGUCGUCCUUCAUCCCCUUCUCUGCUGGCCCCAGGAACUGCAUCGGGCAGAGCUUUGCCAUGGCUGAGAUGAAGGUGGUAGUGGCACUGACACUGUCCCGGUUCGUGCUGCGGAGGGACACGGCGAGGCCACCCCCACGCCGCAAGCCUGAGCUGAUCCUGCGUGCUGAGGACGGGCUCUGGCUGCUGCUGGAGCCACUGCUGGCAGUGGCCUGAGGGACACGGGUCACCAGGAUGUGGGGACAUCCUGCGAGGCGGGUGUCAUGGCCAGGGGAGGAGAAGGAAAUAAACGGUAGCGUGAA